CAAAGUUCUCCGAUCAUGUUUUCGUGAUAAAUUUUGAAGUUGUAUUUGGUGCGGCAGACGGUGAACUCGGUGAAGUCGGCGAUUCACGGUCGCCGAUACGCGCUACCGUGCUCGGCUGCCACGCAUCCACUACCAUAGAGAUCAGCGGCGAGGGACAUGGAACUGUUCGUGGCUUCCUGAAUCGAAGGCUCGAGAGGUAUUCAAGAACGGUGGUGGACGUCGUCGACGUCGUUGUUGCAGGGUGUCGCGAUCACGACAGGAGAACGGAGAAUUCUGAUACCCUUACACUCCGGGUCUAGCAGACGGUGGAACGUUCGCAAUGGCCACUCGUUUAUGACGAAUCCGGCGCGCGUGAGAACUGAGCAGCGGCGGCGCCGAGACGCCAGCGGGCCCGAGCUCGUGGCUCUCAAAGGAGAAGGGAAGAGGGUUGAGCGUCGAUUUUAUUCCGUACGGACACUCUCGAUCUCGCAUCCAAAGUGGCUAAGAGCGUAAGUCCUCGUCGCGUGCACCAGGAGUGCUCGACCGGGGGGGAGGUGCACGUACAGGUGCAGCAGGAGAGACGGGAACCGAGGCGUAUGCCUUACCUGGGGCCUGAUAUGACAACCCGGCUGUUCGCCAUGUUCUACACGGUCGAAGUCGGGGACACCAGAUUCACCAUUCUCAAGCGGUACCAGAACCUGAAGCCCAUCGGCUCGGGUGCCCAAGGAAUCGUCUGCGCGGCGUACGACACGGUCACCGCGCAAAAUGUGGCGAUCAAGAAGCUCUCCAGACCUUUUCAAAACGUCACGCACGCGAAAAGGGCCUACAGGGAGUUUAAACUCAUGAAGCUGGUCAACCACAAAAACAUUAUCGGUCUUUUGAACGCGUUCACGCCUCAACUGUCGUUGGACGAGUUUCAAGACGUCUACUUGGUGAUGGAGCUUAUGGACGCGAACCUCUGUCAGGUGAUCCAGAUGGAUCUGGAUCACGAGCGCAUGUCUUACCUUCUGUACCAGAUGCUCUGCGGCAUCAAGCAUUUGCACUCCGCCGGCAUCAUCCACAGGGAUCUAAAGCCGAGCAACAUCGUCGUGAAAUCGGACUGCACGCUGAAGAUCCUCGACUUCGGGCUGGCGAGGACCGCGGGAACGACGUUCAUGAUGACACCGUACGUCGUGACGCGGUAUUAUCGAGCACCGGAGGUGAUCCUGGGCAUGGGGUACAAGGAGAACGUGGACAUCUGGUCGGUCGGAUGCAUCAUGGGCGAGAUGAUUCGAGGUGGCGUGUUGUUCCCCGGCACCGAUCACAUCGACCAGUGGAACAAAAUAAUCGAACAACUGGGAACACCGGCGCCGGAAUUUAUGCAGCGGCUGCAGCCAACCGUGAGGAAUUACGUGGAGAACAGGCCGCGAUACCCGGGAUAUCCGUUCGAGAGGCUAUUCCCGGACGUUCUGUUUCCCUCGGAUUCUUCGGAACACAAUAGAUUAAAAGCCAGCCAAGCCAGGGAUCUAUUGUCGCGCAUGCUCGUCAUCGACCCCGAGCGACGCAUCUCCGUCGACGACGCUUUGCUGCACAAUUACAUAAACGUGUGGUACGACGAGGCCGAAGUCAAUGCCCCCGCGCCAGGCCCGUACGACCACAGCGUGGACGAGAGGGAGCACACGGUGGACCAGUGGAAGGAGCUGAUCUACCAGGAGGUGAUGGAGUACGAGACGAGCCACAACCCCGCGACGGUGGCUCAGACGUCGGAGAGCGCAGCCUCCCGGUAGACACGGGACAAGUCUUCGCCAGCUUUCUCGCCGAGGACGCGCCUAGACUGUCCGAUCUAUCGUAUAAAUAUCGCGUGAAAUGUAAAGAGGGAAAGCGAGGGAAUAGGACGAAAUAGGAAACGGUCGGCGUCGAUGAACAAGACGCUUUCGUUUUUCGCUCGAUACGAGGAGGAGAACGUCCGGAGGUAGAGGCGGCAAGAUUGCGAGACAAAUGUACGCGAGAGAAUGUUUAGGAUGCAAGAGAGCGAGAUCGAGUGAGUAAAAAAAAAAGAAAAAGAAAAAAAGCGAGCAGAGGGGGACGCUGCUCCGUCGGUUUUUUUUUUCGAGAAGAGGAGAAAUCGGCAUCGAGGGAGAGCACCACCGGUUGUUCCGCGCGGCGGACGUACGAGGCAUAACGAGCGCGCGUCUGCGAGAACACGCGACGUAACUAUAAUAUAUAUGUAUACGGACGCGUAGAAUACCGUGUAUGCAUAUAUAAUAUACAAUAUAAAUAGAAAUAUAUUCCCGUAACCAAAGCAUAGGCGCGAUUCAGAGACACACCGACGGACGCUGUUGAUCUUCUUGCUCCUCUUUACGAGAAUCGCGAUCGCGACGCGUCGUCGAUCGACACGUCCCGAAAAGGAGAAGCUUCGCGCGAUUAUACUUUUUGAACAAACGUUCCGCGGCGCUUUUCUUUCGUUUAUACGGUCCGGCGUGUACGAGGAGGACGAACCGGCCGAUAUUCGCGCGUAUUCUCGUUAACCCCGUCACCGAUUUCGCACACCCAAGCCUCCCUCUCUCUCUCUCUCUCUCUCUCUCUCUCCACCCGCGUCGAUGGUAUAUUUUUGUCCGGCGAUCGAUGCGCGAGCUCGUCGAAGACGUCGCGUCGCCCCGAACUCGAAGCGUCCUUUGCGUCCCUACGCGGCAAUAUCUAUUUUUCGUAAUCGUCCUUGGAACCUGGGGAACAAAUCCGCGAUUAAGAGAAAACGAAAUAACCCGGCGACGGAGGACGUGGACGAGAUCGCGGACCGAUCGCGCCCGGGGAAACAUCUCGCCGCGCGCAGCUUUCGAACCGUUUUUUCCUCUUCCCCGAGGUCGCGCGGAUCUCCCUUUUUUCCCCCCGAUUUCGGUUUCUUUUUCCAGCGCGCAUCGUCAACCACCCCCCCGCGAGCAGCAGCUUUCCUUCUCGUUGGAGCGCGAACAAAACGCAGCAGAGAAGCCCCCCCAAAACCGAUUAUCGUCGAUCGAGAUUACAAUUUUCUACGUGAAUUUUCCGUAAGCGUCCGACAUACAGGGUGUCGCGGAUAGGAGAAGCUCGUGUGCCGGUUCCCGUUUCGAAGUCCGAAUUUCGAUAUUGCCGCGACGACGCCGUUUAAUCGUCUUAACAAUGAACAAUUGUGUAUUUUUAUAUAACGCAAACUCCGAGACGCGCGCGUGCUUUUUUGUCUAAUCGUUUUCGCGCGCUCGUACAGCCGCUGAUAUUUUCUAUCGCUAACUUUGUAAGAUGGGUAACCACGUCGCGUUUAAUCCACGAGUAAAUCCCAUUUGGGGGGAACGACGAGGGAGACAAAGAGGAACAAAGAAAUAAAAAAAAAAAAAACGAAUAAUAAUGAUAAAAUGUGCAAAAAAAAGAAAAAAGAAACGAAAAAAAAAAUGAUGGAUAUUAUCGUUAGGGAGAGGAGAGUCGCGGGGCGUGAGGUCAACGGUCGAAUACACGUUUCUUUGGAAACUGGACAGUGCAAUGUCGCGGCGAUCGAUCCUCGAGUAUUACGACGUCGAUUGUGUCUUUAGCUAGUUAGUUUGUUAGGCGAAAGCUCGUUCUUUUCGUGCAAUCGUGCGUUCGUCACAUGGCGACGCGACAAAUAGAACGUAUAAUGUAUAAUUGCGCACGCGCGAAACGCUAUUUCGUAUCUCGUGGAAUUUCGCUGUCGACGGACAAACGGCAAUAAAUCGGCGAAAACCGAGCGCAGCUCGGUGUGGCGGGAACCGCGACUCGUUUUCGGCGUUUCUUCGCUCUUUGACGUUUAGACUUUAUGUUCGGUACGAGGAACCACGAGCGUCGUCUAUUUCCGAACGAACGUACAUUUUAGCGUUUAACGGAAUGCGCGUUAUUCCAAAGCGACACGUUUUCUGGCAAUAUCUGUACAGUAGUAAUCGGAACCGAGGACGUUCGUUUCGACGACCACGACCACGACCACGACCACGACCACGACCACGACCACGACCACGACGACGACGACAGCGACAGUGACUACAAAUACGACUACGAUUACAUUGGUGAUUAUUAUU